AAACUUCCGCUUACAGGCUUUACUCUCUCUCUCUCUCUCUUCAUGAUUCUAUAGAUGUUGUUUUCGUUCUUUUGUCUCAUAUUCUUUUAGCCAUAUUAUUGUUUCUUUCAGGUUUUCUUAAAAUGGGUAUAAUAAAAUUUCUUAAUGCAUGCAAAUGGGAUUGCUUUUUUGUUAAUGACGACAAUGAACACCUUUUUAUACAUCUGGGUUUUCCCUUUUUGUUUUUUUUUUGGCUUAGAAUAUCUAUAUAAUUUCGUUCUUUUUUUUUUUUCUGAUUCUAUUUGUCAAACUUGAGAUACCCUCGUUUAUUAUCAGGGUCUUGAUUUAUUUUUCACUGUUAUUCAUCCUCCAGAGCUCCAAAGCUCUGGGAUUGUGUAAAUCAUGCAAACAGAAUGCUACUAGAGACGACUGUUCUUGAAAGUUGAAACUGAUCGUCCUGGUUGGUUCUGAUGCAACUUGCUACAGAAAUAAAUUCCCUGACUAACGAAGGAAAAUCAAAUCAUCAAUGAUCGCUUUGAUUUGUUUAUGGAUAAGUUCAAAUUACUAUAAAGUAUUCAAAUAUUGUCCUUGAUUCGUGAAUCUGUCUGCAACUCUCCACAUAGUAUCAUGUUGCUUUUAAAAUGUAUUUAUAUGUUCUUGGAUUUUCCUUUUCAAUUUAAUUAUAAUAAAAGUUUCACGUUGACCGUAAAAAAGAAAAGGCUUUUCAGUAUAUUUAUCUUUGUGUACUAUCAAGGUAUUAUGAUCCUAGUUGGAAACUGAUGGAUUGUUCUGUUUCCAUAUGACAUUUUCAAUUAUGGUAUAUACGUCAAUAGUGAAGCAAUUCUAUAUCUUGCCAAUUUUAGACUUCGUAAGAAUGAAAAUAAAAGGUACUGAGUAUGUUUUCGCUUCUCUGCUUUUGGUGAAGAGUCAGACUUUGAAGGGUUAAAAAUAGAAAUUAGUUACUGUCAGUCUGCCACUCUCUCCUUUUGCUCACCAGAAUUUUUCUUAAUUCAAAGAUCUGUACCCUCUUCAUAGGAACCGUUUUAACAGUCUGUUUAGAAUAGUAUUCCACGAAUAUUCACCAUAAUUUUUAUGCUCACUUCGUCUUUUUUCUUACUUUAACCAACUUUCCAUGCAUUUUAACAUAUAUAGGAGGAAACAUUUACUUCCAUUUAAUCUUCUUGGGAAAGAGGUGUGGUCUCUCUUGUUAAUUUUGGUGGGGGCCGGGGAGGGUUAUCAGUAUGGAUAUGGCUAAGGCGGUGACGUGGAUUGUUUCUGCAGUUUGGACUUUCUGGACUGCUCCUUUGUCCUUUUCACUGCUUAAUUUCUUCCCCCCCCCUCCCCUUUUAUAGUUUUGGUUGACUUUCUAGAGCCGUAUUCUUAAAUCACAAUUCCCAUUAAACAGAUAUCCAUCACCAUCUGUUUGAUUAAUUUGCAUUUGGUUUAUGUAUAGGGUGAUUAACCUUUGGAGUUUGUAAAAGCUGGUUAGACAAGGAGGAGCCGUUGGACUAAUUAUCGUUUUUCUUGACUUGAAGAAACUUGUUCACAGUUCACCAACUGUAGAGAAAAACAGCAACCAUUCGAUCAUCUAACAUAAUCGAAUAAGUGGAUUACAAGUUUUCCGGAACAUAGUCGUGAAUCAUGAAUGUUAUAUUUGUCUUCUUCAUCGUCAUGCAUGGUCCUAAUUAAAUUAGUUAAGAAAACAAUUUUGCUGCCUCUGCACGAAACAAAGAGGAAGAGAGAGCAGAUAAAAAAGCUUGCAAGUGAGCUAGGUAGCUAUGGCAGGAGGACAAUUAGAGGUGCUUAACGCGCUUGAUUUAGCCAAAACACAAUGGUAUCAUUUCACAGCAAUCAUCAUCGCUGGGAUGGGCUUCUUCACUGAUGCAUAUGAUCUCUUCUGCAUAUCUCUUGUUACCAAAUUGCUUGGUCGCAUAUACUAUCAUGUUGAUGGUGCAGAGAAGCCUGGAACUUUGCCUCCCAAUGUAUCAGCUGCAGUUAAUGGUGUAGCGUUCUGUGGAACACUUGCAGGCCAGCUCUUCUUUGGUUGGCUUGGUGAUAAGCUAGGCCGAAAGAAGGUAUAUGGUAUGACUUUAAUGCUCAUGGUCAUAUGCUCUAUUGCAUCAGGUCUCUCUUUUGGCCAUUCCCCUAAAUCUAUCAUGGCGACCCUUUGCUUCUUCCGCUUUUGGCUUGGUUUUGGCAUUGGUGGUGAUUAUCCACUUUCUGCCACCAUCAUGUCUGAAUAUGCCAACAAGAAGACUCGCGGAGCGUUCAUUGCUGCAGUGUUUGCAAUGCAAGGUUUUGGAAUUUUAGCAGGUGGUAUUUUUGCAAUUAUUCUAUCCUCAGCAUUCAAGGCCAGGUUUGAUGCUCCACCUUAUGAGGUUGAUGCACUUGGCUCCACGGUUCCACAAGCAGACUAUGUUUGGCGUAUUAUUUUGAUGGUUGGAGCACUCCCAGCCGCUCUUACCUACUACUGGAGGAUGAAGAUGCCUGAAACUGCUCGUUACACUGCCCUUGUUGCUAAGAAUGCAAAGCAGGCUGCAUCUGAUAUGUCAAAGGUCCUGCAGAUGGACAUUGAGGCAGAGCCACAAAAGAUUGAGCAAUUAGAACAGGAGAAAUCCAAAUUUGGUUUGUUCUCCAAGGAGUUUGCUAAACGUCAUGGACUUCACUUGCUAGGAACAACAACCACUUGGUUCUUGCUUGACAUUGCAUUCUACAGCCAAAAUUUGUUCCAAAAGGAUAUCUUUAGCGCGGUGGGCUGGAUUCCUCCUGCAAAGACCAUGAAUGCCCUCGAGGAAGUUUUCAGAAUUGCAAGAGCACAAACACUAAUUGCUCUUUGCAGCACUGUUCCAGGCUACUGGUUCACAGUGGCUUUGAUUGAUAAGAUGGGAAGAUUUGCCAUCCAAUUAAUGGGCUUCUUUUUCAUGACAGUGUUCAUGUUUGCGCUGGCUAUCCCUUACGACCACUGGACACAUAAGGACAACCGAAUUGGCUUUGUUAUUAUGUACUCAUUAACUUUCUUCUUUGCAAAUUUUGGACCUAACGCCACCACAUUUGUCGUACCAGCUGAGAUUUUCCCAGCAAGGUUGAGGUCCACUUGCCAUGGUAUAUCAGCUGCAUCAGGAAAGCUUGGUGCCAUAGUUGGUGCAUUUGGGUUCUUGUAUUUGGCUCAGAAUAAGGAUAAGGCCAAGGCAGAUGCAGGGUACCCUGCAGGUAUUGGGGUGAAGAAUUCACUUCUUGUGUUAGGUGCAGUCAAUGCCUUGGGCUUCAUGUUCACUUUCUUGGUGCCAGAAUCAAAAGGAAAAUCUUUAGAAGAGAUGUCAGGUGAGAACGAAGAUAAUGGAGCAGAGGGAGAGGCCUACUAACUACAGGACAGUUCCACUUGCAUAAGUUGGACUAAUAAACCAGUUCCUGAGCACCAAGUAGAACCGUUGUAAAACUCUCAAUAGGCAAUAGAAGUUUCUGAUGUCAGAUUUCAAUUUCACUGUUGUUCUUUGAGUUUUACCUUAUUCCAAUAUCCUCAGUUCUGUUCUGUACCUUAAAAUUGAAGGGUAUAAUAGAGAAUUCAGUGGUUGCCUUGUUCCAUUUAUCAACAAAUUUCCUGUGGCUUGUGAACAGCCAGCCAUCUAAAUUGAACCGAGAAGUCAGGUUCAGAUUAAUCUUGGCUCUUUUGCGUAUUCGUUUACUUAACAGUUAUUGCUUGUGGCGCUUUUUCAAAGUCAUUUAUAGUGCGUAGUGGAGGUGGAGGAUAAAGUGUUGUCAAACUCAAUAAGUCGUAUUUGAAUGCCGGUUUCUGCAUUUUCUACAGCCAGAUUUGUAAAAUAAUGGUUGGGUGCUCAGUUACAUCCACAAGUCGUUUCCAAAACUUUGACUUCUAUCUUAAAAUCUUGUCAAGGACGAGUACUGAGGGGGCACUUAGCUUUCCUAGGCUCACUUUCAAGACUUUACAGUGUACGACUCGAUUAUUGCUUCCUUUGUUUCAAAGUUGAUUGCUCAAUUUAGCGCCAUGCUUUGAUUCUUGGUGCACUCGGCUUUGGACUUUAACACCAUGCUUGAUUCUUGGACUUGGUUUGCUUUGACACUUUUCAUUCAAUUUGCGCAAUGCUACGUCAUUACAGCUAAAGAAAUUGAUUGAGACAAACGAUAGGCGCAAUUUACACAACGCAGCACGUCAGAUCGAAGCACGUGUUAUCAUCUUCCUGGAAUGGGUUGCCUUGAUGUACUCAAGAUCAAGAGAUUUUUACUUGAAACAUGUUCCUUAAUCAUUUUUGAACUAUGAAAAAAUACCUCUUCAAUAUUUUAAUAUUUCAAAAUCAAAAGUUUUCACUAUUCUAUU